UUUUCCCGUUCUGUGUUGCUGGGACGAGAACCUUCGAAACACUCAGGAUCAUUGUCGGUAUCUCGGCAAAUUCUGAGGGAAGGGGCUCUGGAGCUUACAGCCUGCUCAGUGUAAAGGAAAGCAUUUAAUUUAUCAGCGGUGCAGCAGAGAAGGUAAUUGAAAAUCGACGGUCUGUACGUGACUGACAAAAAAGGGGUCAUGUGUGUGUCUGUUAGAUCUGUGUAGCAGGCACUAGACCUGCCGCCGAGUUCAUCCACGCAGGAUGCUAUCGGAGGGAACGGCGCCCUCCUUGUUUGCAGUGACCAGAGUGUGGUGUCCAGCGUGGACCAAUGGGAUUGGAGAAGUGCAGGCUGCGUUUUUAUUCGCUGGCACGCGGGAUGCAGUUACCGCCAGGAGAUGUUCUAAUGCAGUCGCACUGAUGGUGAGUCACUGAUAGUGGAAAAUAAUUUUCCUUUGAAAACUGUCGCUCGGCGCGGCAUACAUCAUUACCUUAGCAAUUUCUGUGCCGACGGCGCAUCGUUUCGCUUUCUGCAGUUAAUUGGCUGCUACUGAGGUGCGAUAGUGCAUGUGUGAAUAGCCUACUACUCUCGAUAGUUCUGCAGUAGUUUUUGUCUGAGGAAACCACCGCCACUGACCAAAUUGCCAAAUAAUACGGUUUCUGUUUAUCGUUUUCAGCGUACAAAAGUAAAGACAGCUCUUUUACAGUGUACCGAUUGAAGAGUCUCAUCUUUGAUUACAAUUUCGGACAUUUUCUCCACCUUAUGCAUGGUGACCUGUCGUCUGUUGUUAUCAUCUGACACUUCAGCCGGCUGGUCUUUGAAAAGCAUCCCCUUGUUCGCAUCACAUUCUCAUCACUAGGAGCCUGUUGUUCCUCCGGCAGAACGCAGCGUGGCGUUCAUCUACGCCGCGGACGCGUCUUGAUUUCAGGCCAUUUUGGAUUAAUCCCAAGCCGGAUCGUUGUCAGGUCCGUGUGCUCCGCACACUUGAUAUCCAGCGAACUCGGUUAUAGGGCCAUCGGUAGAGCCAGAGAAGACUCCUGGAGUCCUUGGGUCGGUUUUUGCUCGACCAAGACUGUUCUCCCCUCUCCGAGGGAAGACAAAUGCCAGCCCACGCCAUGGCCAUGGCAUCGAAGGCUUCCACACCGGACUCGGAGGUCUCAGCCCCACAGGAAAACUGCUACCGCCUGGUGGUGGUCGGCUCACCCAAAGUGGGCAAGACAGCCAUCGUUAGCCGAUUCCUGAACGGCAAAUUUGACGACCAGUACACGCCGACCAUCGAGGACUUCCAUAGAAAAAUCUACAAAAUUAAAGGGCACGUGUAUCAACUAGACAUUCUGGACACGUCUGGGAACAAUCCAUUUCCAGCUAUCAAGAAGUUGUCCAUAUUAACAGGAGAUGUGUUCAUCCUAGUUUUCAGCAUUGACAACAAGGAUUCAUUCGGCGAGGUGAUUCGCCUGCGCAAACAAAUCCUGGAGACGAAAUGCGGCAACGGCGCCAAAUCCGUUCCGAUGGUGAUCGCGGGCAACAAGUGCGAUCGGGAGACCAGUCGCCAGGUGAACACUGAGGACGCUCGGCGGGCCUUCGAGUCCUCCAAAAAGUGCACCUUCGUGGAGACCUCCGCCAAGAGGUGCUACAACAUCGAUGUACUGUUCAAGGCGCUGUUCGAGAAUGCCAAAAUGCCCAGCGAGAUGAGUCCGUCCCUCCACCGCAAGAUCAGCGCCAGUAGCAGCCCCGCUCUCAAGCCGAGCAGCAACGGCAAGCUGGCCCUCCGCAGGCGCCUAAGCGAGGCCUGCGGAAUGGUGUCGCCUCACGCAAGGCGACCGAGCGUGCGGAGUGAUCUCCUUCAGCUGAGGUCCAAGGUGCACCGUAACAGUCAGGAUGAAGACGACGACGACGACGACGAUGACAGGAGCAGUAUUCAGAAGAAACUACGGAAAAUCGCCUGCUGUAUACAGUGACAGCGAUGGUCAUUGGUGUUGCGAGUUGCAUAAUAGGGACUGAAUCACGAAAGAAGUUAUGAUGUUUUUUACCUUAAAAAGUUUGCUUUGUAAACCUGACCAGUUUUAUUAUAACCAGAGUCUUUAUUUUUGUUCAACAAAGACGAUUUGAAAAUAAAAACCUGACACUCGACGAAGACGACUUUGAGGACGUGACAAUAGUCCGUCACACAUUCUGGCACGACAGUAUGGCAUAUAAGUUUUACUUUUGAGAAGUUUCAACUCAAAAAUACCUUUCGAGCAAGAACUUGCAUCCCUUGGCUUGUACAUUGGGUUGCCCCUGAACUUUGCACAAAGAGUUUGGCAAAAGGGCAAAAGAGCAGCUGUUGGCAUCGUCCUGUAUAGGCCAACUCGACAACACGUCUUGCCUCUAGAACACCUCUCACAUCGCACCAAAUCAUCGAUUUCCCUCGAAAACUGACCCAGACAAGACUGAACAGUGACCCCUUGAAUACACAAUGCGAUGUGCCUGCAGUUCGGGCGGUUAGAAAGGGUUCGAUUUCAGCUGCACAUCGGCCGGCAGAUGCCCGUGUAGGCCGCGCCGGAAAACGGACAAACGACUUCGCCGGAUUGAUCUUACACGUUUGCACCGACUAGGGAAAUAUCUGUGCAUUGAACGGACAAAAGGAUGUAAUUAAAACAGCACUUCCACGUGAUUCUGUUGAGACUGUGACGCGACGUUAAAUUGACAGAUAUUUAGGUGUUUUGUUUGAUUUGCAUUAACUGUAUAGGCUAUUUAUGGUGUGUGCUUGGAGAAGGUUCAGUGGGUAGUUUUGCAGGAAACACCUCAACUACUCAACAAUGUAUUUUCUUACAAAGUCGUGAUCGCUCUUGAAAAUGGUAAUACCUAAUAAACUGUUCAGCAACAGUUAGCAAACUGUUCACUGCAGCAGAAUGUUGCAUCCUGAAAGCGAGUUUACUUUUUUGGCGAUCUUGGAUAAACUUUCCUUCUGUAUUUUGUUUUAAAGUUCAAGUUUCUUGAAACGUAUUCGACGAAUUUUACAGUUCCACAUUAUUUUGUUGAAGCACAGCUUUUGCAAUUAUAAUGUCAAUGUAUUAUUUUUUAAACCUCUGUUAACUAUUGUACAUUGUUAUUGAUAAUGCCUUGUUUGAAUCUGUUGUAUUUACACGGGAUUUAAACUUAUGCCAUUGUUGCUUUGUGAAUUUCUCGGAAAUGACAGCCACAUUUCCGUUGCUGUUUAGAAACAGUCGUCUCACACCGUGCAGGUACAUUAUACAUUCACGUAAUGUUACUGGUCGUGUGAUGUGGUUACAGCAAAGCCUCGAAAGAUGUCUUCAUUCAAAUAUCUGACCAAUGGAUUGCGCGCUUUGUGUCAUGUGCCGGCAAAACAUGUCAAAAUAUUCAGCUCUGUGCUAUUCACCGUAAUGAUAAUUCGUCGUACUUGUGGUGACUAGUGAUCACUGAGACAAUAUGGUAUUCUGCUGAAUUAUUUCUAUUUUGUUUUAAGUUUAUGGGAAAACAUCGGCGUUGUACUUUAGCUUGGAACAAAGGAACACCAAUGUCGUUUAUUGGUGGUUCGUACUAUUAUUCAACCAUCAAUUUGGAGAGGCACACUUUGAAUCUCCUACGCAAUCGCAUCCAGGGUAGAUAUUAUUUUCAUUUUUAAUUAAAUAUCAACGGAAAGAAGUUACAAUAUUUUAGCACUGCUUUUUUUUCAUAAUAUAGUCCUAAAUCAGUCAUCUUCCAACUCAAAUGUGUGCAAUUAAUGUAACUAUGUAAGCGACCCCUAGAAGUACAUGUCAUAUAUAUUUCAUAUGAAAAAAAAAGAUCAAAGUAAUAGCGUUAAAAAAACAAACAUGGCUGCCAGUCCAUAAAUGUUACCAUGGAGUGCAAUGUGGCGGUGGCCCAAAAAAAAUACUGUUUCAGAUGUUGGUCAUUGGUUUAAUAGUAUUUGGUGAUCACGGCGUUCUUAUUUGCUGUGACCUUUGGUUCCAUUCACGGUUAUGACAUCAGAAACAUCCUUUUUAUGAACACUUAAACGCGCCCUGAGUGUCACGAUGUCUUUCCCAUAAUCAUAUUAGUUAAAAUUGCACUUACUGAAUGCUAAACAGAUGGUAGAGGCGUUAUUGAACUCAUAUUUGUUAAUGAUAUUUUAUUAAACCAUCAUUAUCACGAAAGACAAAGACAGGAUGUUUCAAGCGGGGAUAAAAACUUUUUUAAGGUAAUGGUGCUUUUUGUAAGAACGUACGGUAACUUACCGUUGCAAAUCGACAGUUUAAUAUUGCGUAGGGGACAAAAGAACCAAAUCGAUGCACAUCUGAUUAGCAGUUAAUUCCCGACGAAAUAACCACUGUGACUAUGACAUGCGUUCCUGUGAUGUUAUUUUGUCCCUGUUCGUUUCUGUUUUCAGCACGAAGGGUAAAGGUGGUUUCAAUGUAAAACGUCAUUUGAGUAUUUUUGCCAACAUGCAUAAAAGUUGUAAUAAAAUUGUUGUACG